AUGGCAGCGCUGCACCUGACAGCUGCAGCGCCCUCCGCCGCUGACAUCGACCCCUCGGACUGGAAGUGCAAGCCUGGGGACGUGACGGUGGAGACGAUGCGCGACGUGAACGGCAGGGGCGUCGAGAUCCUCACCCGUGGCCCAGGAUGCCCCGACGCUGGGCCGGCACCGCCGAGCCCACCCGCGCGGGACAGCGGGCCGGCCGCCGCCAGCAGCCCCGGCUUGCGCGCCCACACCGUGGAGGAGGCCGCCCCGAGCAUCGUCGCGGACGGCCUGCACGCGCACGCUGGCGCCGCGAGCGUGGCGGGCGCCGGGGACCCGGUGGCGGCGACGGGCCCGAGCAGGGCGUGGCUGUUCCUCGCGCCGCUGCUCGUGCUCGGACUGGUGGCCGCCUCCGCGGCGGUGUGCUUCGACAGGAGAGUGCGCCGGCCGCGCCUGGCGGCCCUGGAGGCGGGCCGCCGCCGCAAGGAGGCCGAGGAGCCAGGCCGAGGCGCUGCGGCUCGCGGAGGAGGGCCGCGCGCGCGAGGCUCUGGAGCAGGAGAGCGGCGGAGCAGCCUGCGCGCGGCCGCCGAGCGCGAGGAGGCCGCGCGGGCCCUGCGCGAGGUCCGCGAGGCCGCCGAGCGCGAGGCGGCGCGCGAGCGGGAGGAGACAGACCGCCGACAGGCCGAGGCCCUGCGGCAGCGCGACGCCGCUGGGGCCCUCGCCAGGGAGGAGGGCGAGCGCCUCGACCGGGAGCGCCGAGCUGCCGAGGAGGAGGAGGCCGUCUCGCCGUGGGGGGAGGGGAAGGAGGAGGCCGAGGCGAAGGCGAAGAAGCGGUGCGGCCCAUGCGGCGGCUGCGGGUCGAAGCCGCAGGCCGGGCAGCCGGCUCCCGCAGCGCCGGCCUCUGGGCGCUGA